UAGUGUCAGCAACAAGUCGAGUUCGGUCAAGGUCGGGUUCCUCAAAGGAGUCAAACAUUAAAAAAAAGGGUUUAGGGGAUUAAUAGAGGAAAGAAAAAAAAAUGUCUUCCACACACGUUCCUAUAAGUCUCAUUUUGUCUGUACGACGUUCUCUGGUUAUUACGGAGUAGAAUUUCAUGAAACGAGUACAUUUGGGAAUGAACGCUUCCUCUGCGUUCAACCCCAAUCUCGACUGCUGACUGAGCGUUUCCUGUUGUGUGGGUUUGUGUGCGCGUUAAAGACAAAUGGGAGGGGAAGAGAGCCUCAGCAGGAGAUGGCCCGGACCUCAGUGCUGGAAUGAGUCGUCUCGUGUCUGCAAGGCUUUAAACGGAAAACUCUGCAGAAGACCUCUUCAUCACCAUCGCACUCAUCAUCACGCCAAGACCAUGAGCGGCCACGAUCAGAACCACUCUGUGGACCACCUCAACGGCACGCCGUGGUACGUCUACGAGUGCACCCUGCAGCUGGAGACCGCUGGAGCCUACCGGCGCAUCGCCCUCUUCCUCGUCUACCUCUUCAUCUUCACCGUGGGCCUGCUGGAGAACGGCUUGGUCGUCUGGGUCAACUGGCGCCGACGCCGCUCGGCCAACGGCGUUCUCUUCUGCAUCAUCAACGUGAGCCUGUCCGACCUGAUGAUGAUCGUUAUCCUGCCCUUCUUGAUGCUGGAGGUGACCAUGGACAAGGUUUGGCUGUGGGGGCGCUUCCUGUGCAAGGCCACCUACCUCUUCUACGCGGUCAACUUCUACAGCAGCUCCUUCUUCCUGGCCUUCAUGACCCUGGAGCGCUAUCUGUCCCUGACCAGGCCCUCGUUUCCAGCCUUCUUCCCGACGGCGGGCCGGCGCCGCUGGGUGCUCUGCGGAGGCCUGUGGUCGCUCUCCUUGCUCCUCGCUCUCAUCGAGAACGUCCACGUGGACGUCCUGGAGUGGGAUGAGCCGGGCUGCUACAUGAUGCCCGAGAACAACCACGUGGAAUGGUACGUCAGCGUGGCGUUCCUCUGCCUGAUCUUCCAGUUCCUGGGCCCCGCCGCCGUCAUCGUCACCUGCAACCUGCUGAUGGCGCGCGCGGCUCAGGCUGCGCCGGAUGUGGAGGGCCGGCGGGACGUGUGGCUGGUGCACGUGUACUCCCUGGUGUUUGUCAUGUGCUGGCUGCCCUACCACCUGGUCACCAUCCUGCUGAUCAUAGACGACAUCGACCCGUACAUCUUCAGCUGCAACGUGUUGGAAGUCCUCUACUUCUCCCACAACGUGUUGCAGAGCCUGUCGAUGUUCCACUGCGUCGCCAACCCCAUCCUCUACAACUUCCUCAGCAAGAGCUUCCGCAGGAACCUGAUCAACACAGCGGUGGACUACAUACCCAGAGAGGGAACCAUGCGCCAGGUGGGAGCGGGCGGGACGGACCCGGGGAAGCAGCAACGCAGGCCGAGCGACGCCAGCACCAGCCAGUCCGAUGUCGGAUUAUGAGAACCGGGGGGAGUCCUUGUGCUUCAGAACGUCAUCUCUCUCUGGUCAUAGACUCAUCGGCCUGUGUGUUACGCUGUUGAUUAUCAGGAGUGUGUUCCACUCAUAAUCCACUUCCUUUUUGUCAGAAUAAUGUUUGAUCACAGUUAUAAACAGAGGAAGAUGGGAAAUGUUGAUUCUGUUUUUUUUGCUUGUUUUUCUUCAAUUUCGGCUCAACGGCCACAGAAAUGGUGACCUUUAACAUCUAGUAAUAGGGUUUCAAACUCCACCAAAGACCAUCUGUAUCCAUUGAGGAUGUAGCACAGUUGUACUUUGUUCUCUUUAGUACAGAGUAGAGCAUUACACUUGAACUCCCUUCUCACAGACUCUAUUCCAUUAUCUUCCAUUUUUUUGUCAUCUGGAAUGCAUCGUGCGUCAACUGUUAAAAUAAUAAGGAGGCCAAAAAAAGGAAGUGGGGGUGUCAGUCCUCCGAUGGAACAAUGGCAGGAAGACACCAGGCUUUGGAGAGGGAAAAGGUCGGAAGGCCCUGGAAGCAGCAGCUUCGCAAUGCUACGCAGAUUUCUGCCCGAUGGAUGGACUGUUGUUCAGGACACCGUGGACCAGUGGACAUUUUAAACAAACUCUUUUUUUUCAGGGGGAAACUUCUUUGUCUCCUCUACUUAUGAACAGAACCAUUUGAAAGUCAAUAGCGCAAGAUCCGGGGAACUGUCGUUGAUUGGAAGCUCUAAUGUGGACAUGGAGUUAUGCUAACAUUGUUUUAGAAGAUUCACUGAUAAGUAUUUAUCAAAAAUUCAAAUAUUUUGUAAAACCACUUAUAAUCAAACCGGCUGAUAUUCAGGUAAUUGUCUCCAUGUCGGCCCACGUUACUGUCAUGUAAUAUUUCUUCUG